CAUACCGAAUUUAAACAUUUCAUGAACUCUAGAGGUGGAUAAAAUACACAACCAAAGAAAAAAAAUUUAAAAGAUAAAAUUGAUAAACAUCUACCUGUCUAUAAUCACACAACAAUUACUAUCAGCGUUGCAUCUUACAGAUCAUAGACUUGUUUCCCAGUGAACUUAACUUCAAUGGGACUAACAUUCUUCCCAAUUGAUCUGAAGUUCUGCCCAACUCCUUGUCGCCCUGGAUUCACCUUCUCAGGAUAAAUCCCAUCUUUCGGAUGAAGGUACUGAACUUCUCCAUUCGGGAACACUCUGUAGAACUGGUACUUGAUCUUGUACUUGGACCUCAAUCUGGUCCCAAGUGCCAGGCACUGCUCUUUCCUAGCCAGCUUCAGCAGGUUAGGUCCUUGCCUCAUGAUGGCUGCACCCCCAGUUGGCAUCUCGAAGAUCUGUUCCUUCGGGGAAUCCCAAAUGAUCACGUAGAAUUCCUCCACCUGGGCCUUCCUCAGCAGCCCCCCGGUGCUUCCUCCAAAGAUGGGUGACGGAGUGUUGGGAUCUAAUUCUGGAGGGGUGAAGCCUACAGGAGCCUCCUUUGCAGGGGCGGCCUCAGUUUUCCCCUCUGCAGCUGCAGCUUUGAUGGUUCUGGAGAAGGAAAAGGAUUUGGUGGUGAAGGAAAUUGAGGAAGACGGCUUCCAUGGAGCCAGAGGGAGAUUGCUGGACUUUGGGGUUGUGAUUGCAGGUGUUAAGAGGGCUGCAGCUUGGGCUGCCAUGGCGGUUAAGGACAGGUAAGUGAAGUUGGCUGCUGUUAAGAGAUACAGGGAAAUAGAAAUCUGUGUGAUGAUGUAAGAGAGGACGUUGGAUGAGUGAUGCUGUUCAGGUUUGGAUCUUUGGAUACGCUAUGCUUACU